AUGGCCUGGAGCUCUAAGAAUUUCCCCAGACUAGGGCAUCUGGAGGCCCUGCAGGGCGUCCACCUCAAGAACAUCCAAAGUGUGAAGGUGACGUCCCCGGGACCCCACUGCGACCAGACCGAAGUCAUAGCCACUCUCAAGAAUGGGCAGGAAGCCUGUCUCAACCCCACAGCCCCCAUGGUUAAGAAAAUCAUCGACAAGAUGCUAAAAAAAGUCAGCGGUGAAGAGCAGGGAGUUUGCAGUGAUACUGCACUGAGUACAAAUGUGGGUUCCACCACCGAUUAG